CUCUCUAGCGCGCCGGGGUACGGCUGUGACCUCUGAGCCCGCGGCUCUCCACGCGCUGCUGAGGCCCGACCCCCUCCGCCUCGCCGUCCCGCACAAUGGAGUCGGUGGCCUUGUCCCGGCGCGCGGCCCAGGCUCCAUCCGCCUCCGCCCUGGCUACCGAGCGCGCCCAGGCGCUGGCGGACGGGCUCAUCAAGUCGCCCAAACCCCUGAUGAAGAAGCAGGCGGUGAAGCGGCACCAUCACAAACACAACCUGCGGCACCGCUACGAAUUCUUGGAGACCCUGGGCAAGGGCACCUACGGGAAGGUGAAGAAGGCACGAGAGAGCUCGGGACGUCUGGUGGCCAUCAAGUCAAUCCGGAAAGACAAAAUCAAAGAUGAGCAGGAUCUGUUGCAUAUAAGGAGGGAGAUUGAAAUCAUGUCGUCACUCAACCACCCGCACAUCAUUGCCAUCCAUGAAGUGUUUGAGAAUAGCAGCAAGAUCGUGAUUGUCAUGGAAUAUGCCAGCCGGGGUGAUCUGUAUGAUUACAUCAGUGAGCGGCCACGACUGAGUGAGCGGGACGCCAGGCAUUUCUUCCGGCAGAUUGUCUCUGCCCUGCACCACUGCCACCAGAACGGGAUUGUUCACCGUGAUCUCAAGCUGGAGAACAUCCUUCUAGAUGCCAAUGGAAAUAUCAAGAUUGCUGAUUUUGGCCUCUCCAACCUAUACCACAAAGGCAAGUUCCUCCAGACAUUCUGUGGGAGCCCUCUCUAUGCCUCACCUGAGAUUGUCAACGGGAAGCCCUAUGUGGGCCCAGAGGUGGACAGCUGGUCUCUGGGAGUUCUCCUCUAUAUUCUGGUGCAUGGCACCAUGCCCUUUGAUGGGCAGGAUCAUAAAACACUGGUGAAGCAAAUUAGCAGUGGGGCUUACUGUGAGCCCCCCAAGCCGUCUGAUGCCUGUGGCCUGAUCCGGUGGCUGUUGAUGGUGAACCCCACCCGUCGGGCCACACUGGAGGAUGUAGCCAGUCACUGGUGGGUCAACUGGGGCUAUACCACCAGAGUUGGGGAACAGGAAGCUGUGCGUGAGGGUGGGCACCUUGGUGGUGACUCUGGCCGGGCCUCCAUGGCCGACUGGCUACGACGCUCCUCCCGCCCCCUCCUGGAGAACGGGGCCAAGGUGUGCAGCUUCUUCAAACAGCAUGUGCCAGGAGGUGGAAGCGCUGUCCCAGGGCUGGAACGGCAACAUUCUCUUAAGAAGUCCCGCAAAGAGAACGACAUGGCUCAGACUCGGCAGGGUGACCCAGCUGAGGACACCUCCCCUCGCCCCAGCAAGGGCAGCCUCAAGCUACCAAAAAGCAUCCUCAAGAAAAAGGCCUCUACCUCCUCAGGGGUGGUACAGGAGGACCCUCAGGAACUCAGCCCAGUGCCUGACACCCCAGGGCAGCCUGUCCCUGCUGCAGCCCUACUCCCGAGGAAGGGCAUCCUCAAGAAGUCUCGGCAGCGUGAGUCUGGCUACUACUCCUCUCCAGAGCCCAGUGAGUCAGGGGAGCUCUUAGAUGCUGGCGAUGCUGGUGACGUGUUUGUGAAUGGGGACCCUGGGGAGCAGAAGCCUUCACAAGCCGCAGGGCACCUCCUGCACCGGAAGGGAAUUCUCAAACUCAAUGGCAAGUUCUCCAGCACAGCCUUAGGAGGCGCCACCCCGAGCACCUUUGGCUCCCUGGACCAACUGGCCUCCCCUCACCCUGUAACCCGGGCCAGCCGCCCUUCAGGGGCUGUGAGUGAGGACAGCAUCCUGUCUUCUGAGUCCUUUGACCAGUUAGACUUGCCUGAGCGGCUCCCUGAAACCCCACUGAGGGGCUGUGUAUCUGUGGACAACCUGAGGGGGCUUGAGCAGCCACCCUCAGAAGGCCUGAGGCGAUGGUGGCAGGAGCCCCUGGGCGAUAGCUGCUUUUCUCUGACAGACUGCCAAGAGGUGACAGCAGCCUACCGACAAGCCCUAGGAAUCUGUUCAAAGCUCAGCUGAAGAGGCCAGGCAGUGCCCUAGUUUGGGGUGGGCUCUGAGAAAGUUUGCAGAGGAACCCGAGUUAGGAUUCCUGGGAAAACUGGGGGAGUAAAGUGCUCCGUGCCUUCAGCCUGAUGAACCAGGAGGAUGAGGAGGGAAAUGGUACCGAUGUGUUUAGGGGGUCCUGGGGGGACCCACAGAACCCAGGCUGCCAGAGUGUUGUAGUGGGGCCACGGAAACCUGAAGAGCACUCAGCCUGUGCCUACCUCCUCAAUGCCAUGAGUAUUACCCAUGGUGCAUUUUCCUUCCUGUUCUCUGCCUGUGUCACACAAGUUCCUGUUCCCACCAGCCACCAGAGUUAGAACCCUGACAUGCCUGGGGUAGUCUGGAGUAACCUUUCCUCCCUUUUUGAAAGAGGAAGCGGCCUCUGGUUCCCAUCCCCCACACCGGAGCCACCCUGUGGAUCUCAGAGACCUGAAAAGACUCAGGCUGCUGUGUGGUUUCAUCUCAGGGGACCAGAUGCCUCUGGACCCCACCUUAGACCUCAAAGACUUGAGCUUCUGCCUGAAGCUGCUCCUGAUAUCUAGACUGCAUGGAUGUGUCUAUUUCUCAGGCUAACAGGACCUAGAGUGUGCUGAUUUAUUUAUUUUUUUGAUUCUCAAUUUUUUUUUCUUUUUGUGAAUUGUGCUGCUUUCAGUAAUGUGAAUGCUGUGUCCCCGGAAAAGCCACUGUGCCAUUGACAUCUAUGUACAGAAGUGUUUGGCAAUGAUGUCCCUCUAGCAGGUGGGGAGAGGCGGGGCUGGCUUUUUCAAACUUAGGUCCUGAGCACUGGAUUGGCUGUCUGGGCCCUUCACACCCGAGGCUAUCCACCCUCCUGCAUCUAUGGCCAAAUAAACCUCAAUCCAUUAAAACCAGCAUGGUGACUGCAAAAA